GAGCGCAGCAGCAGCGGGAGGAGAGGAGAUUCAGCCUUCAACCUCUAAACACCCCAACAGAUCUGGGGGGAGGGAGGAGAACGAGAGAGAGAGAGAGAGAGAGAGAGAGAGAGAGAGAGAGAGAGAGAGAGAGAGAGAGAGAGAGAGAGAGAGAGAAGCGGAGGGUUGCUGCUCGCCUCCUGGGCGGAGACACACACACACACACACACACACACACACACACACACACACCAGCACACGCACGCACACACCACCUCAGCACCCAGAUAGAGGGGGAGCGGGAAAGCGGCAGCGGAGGAGGAGGAAGGAUGCAAGGGAAGAAGCCGAGCGGCUCUUCGGGCGGCGGUGGCAACGGAGGCAGGAGCGGCGAGCUGCAGGGGGAUGAGGCGCAGAGGAACAAGAAGAAGAAAAAGAAGGUGUCCUGCUUCUCCAACAUUAAGAUCUUCCUGGUGUCCGAAUGCGCCCUGAUGCUGGCGCAGGGCACGGUGGGCGCUUACCUGGUCAGUGUCUUAACUACCCUAGAGCGGAGAUUUAACCUGCAGAGUGCUGACGUCGGCGUAAUCGCUAGCAGCUUUGAGAUUGGUAACUUGGCCCUCAUCCUCUUUGUGAGCUACUUCGGAGCCAGGGGACACCGGCCGCGUUUAAUAGGGUGUGGUGGAAUAGUCAUGGCCUUAGGAGCUCUGCUUUCUGCCCUGCCUGAGUUCCUGACCCAUCAAUAUAAGUAUGAGGCUGGAGACAUCCGGUGGGGAGCCAGAGGACGGGAUGUGUGUGCUGCCAACGGGUCUACCAGCAACAAGAGACCAGACCUGGAGCUGAUCUGCAGGAAUAGGACUUCCACCAACAUGAUGUACUUGCUUCUCAUUGGUGCACAGGUCCUACUGGGGAUUGGUGCUACCCCUGUGCAACCUCUGGGAGUCUCCUACAUUGAUGACCAUGUGAGAAGGAAAGAUUCUUCCCUGUAUAUAGGGAUCCUUUUCACAAUGUUGGUGUUUGGACCAGCCUGUGGAUUCAUCCUAGGCUCCUUCUGUACCAAAAUUUAUGUGGAUGCUGUCUUCAUUGACACAAGUGUCCUGGAGAUAACCCCAGAUGACCCCCGCUGGAUCGGUGCCUGGUGGGUAGGCUUCCUGCUCUGUGGUGCCUUACUCUUCUUCUCCUCUCUCUUGAUGUUUGGGUUUCCACAGUCCUUGUCCCCACACCCAGAUCCCACAGUGGAGAGUGAGCAAGCCAUGCUCCCUGAAAGACACUACGAGAGGCCCAAGCCCAGCAAUGGGGUCCUGAGGUACCCACUUGAGGCAGACAACAGCACUUCCUGUUUUCAGCAGCUAAGAGUGAUUCCUAAAGUGACAAAGCAUCUAUUGUCUAACCCCGUGUUCACCUGCAUCGUCCUGGCAGCCUGUAUGGAGAUUGCAGUGGUGGCUGGCUUUGCUGCCUUCCUGGGAAAGUACUUGGAACAGCAGUUCAACCUCACAACUUCAUCAGCCAACCAGCUGCUGGGGAUGACUGCUAUCCCAUGUGCAUGUCUGGGUAUAUUUCUAGGAGGUCUUCUUGUAAAGAAGCUCAGCCUGUCUGCUCUGGGAGCCAUUCGGAUGGCCAUGCUAGUUAACCUGGUGUCUACAGCAUGUUAUGUUUCCUUCCUCUUCCUGGGGUGUGACACAGGUCCUGUGGCUGGGGUUACUGUUCCCUAUGGAAACGACUCAGCACCCAGUGUAACUUUGGAUCCCUAUUCUCCUUGCAAUAAUAACUGUGAAUGCCAAACCGACUCUUUCACGCCAGUCUGUGGGGCAGAUGGCAUCACUUACCUGUCUGCUUGCUUUGCUGGAUGCAACAGCACGAAUCUCACUGGCUGUGCCUGUCUCACAUCCGUCCCCUCUGAAAAUGCAACAGUAGUUCCUGGGAAAUGCCCUAGCCCUGGUUGCCAAGAGGCCUUCCUUACAUUCCUCUGUGUGAUGUGUGUCUGCAGCAUGAUAGGAGCAAUGGCUCAGACUCCAUCUGUGAUCAUUCUCAUCAGGACAGUCAGCCCUGAACUCAAGUCUUAUGCUUUGGGGGUUCUAUUCCUGCUCCUUCGUUUACUGGGCUUCAUCCCUCCUCCCUUGAUCUUCGGGGCAGGCAUUGACUCCACCUGCCUGUUCUGGAGCACAUUCUGCGGCGAGCAGGGUGCCUGUGCCCUCUAUGACAACGUGGUGUACAGAUACCUGUACGUCAGCAUCGCGAUUGCCCUCAAAUCUUUUGCGUUCAUCCUUUACACCACAACGUGGCAGUGCCUGAGGAAAAACUAUAAACGAUACAUCAAAAACCACGAGGGUGGGCUCAGCACGACCAGUAAGAAAAUACAUGUUACCAAAAAAAAAAUCUUCAGAGAGAAUGGAUGGAGUCUCUCUAAAAAGAACCAUAAUUGGGACAACAGGGGAGAAGGUAAUGAAAUGCAAACUUGCCUUUUCUCUUUAAUCUCAAUGGUCACUGUCAUGAAGAAGCCCCCUUUAUAUUCACAACUACAUUUUGAAAGUAUUAUUUGCAGUCUGUCGAAGCUCACUUAGGUGGUGUUUGUGGGUAUCUGUAUACACAUGUGUAUGUUACGUUUUUUAAUGAAAGGAAAUGGGAAAUGAAAAAUACAUCUUAGGCUAUUAUUCCCGAGCACAAGCUGUUGAACAGCCAGGGGUGCCCCACUUUAAUGAAUCUUCCCACAAAAUACUGAAAGCCCUUUCCGUGGAUCAAAAUGUCAACAGUGUGUUCAAGGUCAGUCUCCGAUUUAAGAGGCUUUUGUCCAUGUAUUUUGAAAGUGACUGAACUUCAAACAGUUAAAGAGGGAACUUCUCAUUGUUUGGAAUAAGGAUCCCCUGAAAAACCUCUUGCUGGCAGAAGACUAAACUUUUGUGGGCAAGUCUGUGGGAGAGAGACAUUGGGCAUACACACAUGUGCAAGUAGACACACACACACACACACACACACACACACACACACACACUUUCACAGCAAGUGGGCCCAUUAAUCUGUUCUCCAUACUUGUUUGAUGACCUGGUUUCAAAUGUGGCAUUCCUAUGAACUUGGCCCAGAGCUGUCCCCAAAGGCUUAUUUUACCUUACUCAUGCAUUCAUAGUUCACACUCGGGAUUAAACAGCAAGGAAAAGAAAAUCCUAAAGGAAAAGGACACUGUACCAGCUACUCAACAAACAGGAAAUGAGGAGACUUGAUUCCAAGUACAGAACCAUAGAAAAUCAUCAAGCAAAGGAGAGAGGGGAUUGUGUAGCUAGUAUUGUGCUCGGUUGCCUGGGAGAUGAUGUUUUUUGAAAAAUAGUUCUUGAAUCUAUAUAAUUUUGGCAUAGCUUCAUCGAUUAAAAUAUACAUACUCAUCCAUCAAUUACAUAAUUGAUAGGGGUGAUAAUUUUACAGCUAGUCUAAAAAUACAUAUGGUUGUUAGUUAUGAUAUUUUUCUAUACAGGGUUGUUUUGUUUUGCUUUAUCUUUUCGUUUUGAAAAUAUAUUGUUGGUAGGUCUGACUGACCUGUUCAUUGUUCCAUACAUGGGCAGAAUUAUCAAGGCCCAGGUAUUUAGCCUUUCCAGAAGCCAUUUAUUUCUUUUUCAAAACCUGUAAAACCAAUGGCCAUUUGGAUUUUUUCUAAAGAUUCUCGAAUAUGUGAGAAUAUUGACACUUGGAAUAGUACUAGACAAGCAGAAAGUAACUCAAGGACUGUGCUUUAUCAGUCACUGAAUGGACAAUCAAAAGCUCCAUCUUACAAAGAAGACUCCAGAAAUGUCACCUUUCGAAAAUUGAAUUCUGGUGCUUAGUGAAGGGAAAAGCCAGCCCUUUUCUGGCUUUCUUUUUGUACUUAGGGGAAACACUGCCAUAGUCAACUCUUUGUUUGUAACUGAUGUUAAUGUUUGAGUGUGGGAAAGGAUGCUUCUAGUCUGAUUUCCAAUGGCCUUUACAGCCAUUACAAUGGAAGAAAAAAACAUGGAGACAGAACUCCUCCUAGAAAUGGAGUGCUCACAGUUCUUUGUCUUCUUUUCUUAGAACCUCAUCUCCUAUUUGGCAGGUUAAGUCACUUAACUAUAAAAUGUCUGGGGAUAGAUAAUUCACCCUUUCCCUGUUGGAAUUUUGAUAAGCUUUUAAUGCUAUAUAAAGAUCAAGAGCUUUUAACCAUUGUCCUAAUGUACUAUCACCCAGAAAGGUAUGCCCUUUUAGAAAUCAUUCACAAAAUAUUGGGAAAAAAUCAUAUCUUAGAAUUAUUUUUUCCCUAGAGAAAGGAGAAUUCCUUCACCUUUGGUUCACCAAAAUCAGUGGGAACCAAAGCCUUAUCAUUUUCUUCACCAUUUCAAAAAAGUAGGGUGGUAUUGCAUGCUGAGGAGCCUGCCACUCUAAAGGGCUUGAAGCAAACUCAGAAAAGAGUUAAUGAAAACAGGAAACAUACCUUCCCUAAAGCAUUCCCUAACCCCCUCCCCCAAGGAGUUUGUUAAUAGGGUUUAAUAGACAAAAUAAUAAAAGGGAGAUCAAGUCAUCUAAGAUCAAAAGAGAUUUAUAUAUAUAUAUAUAUGCACAUAUAUAUCACACACACACACAUAUAUACAUACAUACAUAUCUCACUUCAUAAACUUUAAAGCACUAUAUAGACUAAAAGGUGUUUACUUGGUAUUAAUGCCCCAUGAUACUCUGUCUUCCAACCACCCUGCUUCUCUUUUUCCUUUUCUUCUUCUUCCUCCUGCCCUUCUUCUUUCUUUUCCUGAGACUUUUAUACUGACACAUCAUUUCACAAAUGUUUCUUUCUUGAGUCCUAGGUCAGUUAUACUGAACCAGUCUAAUAAUCAUGGGCCUCAGUCCACAAUGGACCAACACAAGUGUGCAAGCAUGCAUGCUUACACACAACAACAACAACAAAAACAAUUGUAUACUACCAACAACAGAUUACUGUAGAGUUUGCCCAGGAGACAAAUUCUUCUGUAGUUGGUAAUUAAUAUUUCCCAUCACUUAGUAUGCUGGAUAGCUAUCAGAUACAUCAGAGUUAGGGGAACCCUUAAAAUGAAAGAAUCUUUGCUUAAAUACCUCAUAGAGUUCCCAUGAAGACCUUUUGUGGGGAAGAUGGUAUUGCUCCUUCUAACACAGGCUUUCCAGACAAAUCUCCAUGUUUCAUUUUGCUCUGUUUCCAUCAGAGUACAGUUUUCUUUAUUUCACCAUUGCAGUUAUAGUAUACUGUAUUCAAUCCACAAGUAGACCAUUGCUUUGUGAAUGGAGCCCUCAGAGAAUACCUCAGGAAUAUUAAGCAAUAAUGACUACCUUGUGGAAUAAACCACAACUGCUCUCCUAUAGUUAAACUAGAGACAAUGGGCACCACGGGUCAGGUUCUGUCUUUUCUUCCAGAAAACCAAGUCUUACUUUCCUUUAGCUCAGCAGAAUGAGUGGCAACUUAACAAUGAAGGAAAAUGCCCUCUGCCUUGUUCUGACUCUGGUUUCAUCCUGUCUUCAAUGGACUCAGAAAUCCACAUGUCUGAAAAGAAUACAGAGACUGAAGAGCAUUGCCUCAGAGAUAAUCCCAUUGUCUGGCUUGGCCUUUAUUUGUUUCCUCUCACAGGUCAUUUUUCUAAACCUGGGGCUGUUCACCUUAUGUUAGAAGCAAUUCAAACACUCAGAAAGUGCCAAGUGUUGAGGAGAGGUAGCUACUGUAUUUAGCUUGGCCAAGAGAAUUACUUUUAUGACAUAGACUAAGAACUCUUAGUUUAGGCCUCAGAAUAUGAGAAGAGAUUCCAGAGACAUUCACCAUAAUAAAGGUGAAGAUGAAGACUAGACUGAACUCCUUGAGGGCAGGGACUGAGGUUGGGGGGGGGCGGUUAUGCUUGUUU